AUGGGAGAAGGAGAAGAAAACGAAGCAGAUCCAAAUGAGAGAUCUUUGGCAUUGUCCCCUACUUGGUCUGUUGCUAUAGUGUUGACUGUCUUCGUCGUUGUUUCUUUGAUCGUUGAGCGCUCCAUUUAUCGUCUUAGCACUUGGUUGAGGAAAACAAAGAGGAAACCUUUGUUUGCUGCGUUGGAGAAGAUGAAACAAGAGUUGAUGCUGCUUGGCUUCAUAUCACUUCUUCUUACAGCUACAUCCAGCACAAUAGCUAACAUUUGUGUCCCUUCGAGUUUCUACAACGACAGAUUUGUUCCGUGUACACGUUCUGAGAUUGAAGAGGAACUUGAAAACGAGUCAGCUGUCAAGCGGAAUCUUUUAACGAAAUCCGUUUUUUCCAACAUCUUUAGGAGAAGAAGGUUGGAAGGCAUUAACCAGGCUACUUGCAGCGAGGGGCAUGAGCCGUUUGUUUCAUACGAAGGCCUGGAACAGUUGCAUCGUUUCAUCUUUAUAAUGGCAGUUACACAUGUCACUUACAGCUGCUUGACCAUGCUCCUUGCAAUCGUCAAGAUUCAUAGUUGGAGGAUCUGGGAAGAUGUAGCUCGUAUGGACCGACACGAUUGCUUAACUGCGGUGACACGGGAAAAAGUAUUCCGAAGGCAAACAACAUUUGUCCAGUAUCAUACAUCUGCUCCUCUGGCCAAGAAUAGAUUGCUUGUAUGGGUGACAUGUUUCUUCCGGCAAUUCGGACAUUCUGUUGUUCGUUCGGACUAUCUUACUCUCCGGAAGGGAUUCAUUGUGAAUCACCACCUCACAUUAAAGUACGAUUUUCACAGCUACAUGAUUCGUUCAAUGGAGGAAGAGUUCCAAAGGAUCGUUGGUGUGAGUGGGCCGCUUUGGGGGUUCGUAGUUGCUUUCAUGCUCUUUAACAUAAAAGGAUCGAAUCUUUAUUUCUGGAUAGCAAUCAUUCCUAUUACUCUUGUUCUUGUGGUUGGUACCAAGCUGCAACACGUAAUAGCAACUUUGGCAUUGGAGAAUGCCGGUUUAACAGAAUAUCCUUCCGGAGUGAAGCUGAGACCUCGCGAUGAACUUUUCUGGUUCAAUAAACCAGAGCUACUCUUAUCCCUUAUCCACUUUAUUCUAUUCCAGAAUUCUUUUGAACUGGCUUCGUUCUUCUGGUUCUGGUGGCAGUUCGGAUACAACUCUUGCUUCCUUAAGAAUCAUCUCCUUGUUUACUUUCGACUUAUUUUAGGGUUUGCUGGACAGUUUCUAUGCAGCUACAGCACACUGCCACUAUAUGCACUGGUCGCUCAGAUGGGAACGAACUAUAAAGCGGCUCUGAUACCUCAGAGGAUAAGAGAGACGAUUCGUGGUUGGGGAAAAGCGACCAGAAAGAAAAGAAGACACGGGUAUUAUGGCGAUGAUUCAACUGUUAGAACAGAGACAAGCACGGUUGCAUCUAUUGAAGAAUAUGACCAUCAAGUGCUUGAUGUUGUUGAAACUUAUCCGGAACAACAACAACAACACACUGAGCUUGAAUUACAGCCAAUUCAACCUCGUACUGCGUCUGUUUCUGUACCUAAUGAAUAUUCAAGUAGAGUUGGAACACCUCUUCUUCGACCUUGUGCCUCCAUUUCUUCGACAACGACAAAAGAGUUAAGAACAGAACAUAUGGAAUCACUCUCGAGAUCGGCUUCAUUGCCAGUGAGAAGAGAGUGA